AUGGUGUUGAAAGACAAGUAUCGGACAUUUAAAUUCCUUAUAGAAUGUGUAGAUAUUGUUUUCGACAUACACGCAAAAACCAUCUAUCUGGACGAGGACGAUCGAGAGGAAGCAUUUGAGUUCUGGCCAUUAGCACACCAUUACUGUAACAAUCCUGAGCCUCUUUGGGAAACCUUGAAAAUAAUUUUCGAACCCCUAUGGCUUUACUCAUAUCCUGGCGAAGACCUCGCGAGAGCUCGACGUAACUCCCGCAAACUCGACCAUUUACUUCGUGACUUCCAGGCUGAAGAACGACGUAUGGCAGCUCGAAGAAGGAGAGGAAAUUGA